UCCGCUCUUGCUCUUGCUCUUGCCUGGAGACAUUGCUGCAAUGCAGGCUGCCAUGACCGGUUUAACGCUCUCUCUGCUUUUACUGCCUCUGUGUGCUGCCGAUGUUUUCCUGAGGCCAUAUGUUGCCCAUUCUGUCCUGCACCGUCCCCGACGAGCCAACACCGGCCUGCUAGAGGAGCUGAAGCAGGGCAACCUGGAACGGGAGUGCAUCGAGGAGGUGUGCGACUAUGAGGAGGCACGGGAGGUCUUUGAGGAUGACACCUUGGCGAAUCGGUUUUGGACGAUGUACAGAAACCGUAACCCAUGUGACCCCAAUCCGUGCCUCAACAACGGAAAGUGUGUCCAUUUUCUAUCGAUCUAUCAGUGCCAGUGUCCCGAUGGGUUCCAAGGGAGACACUGCCAAGAAGCCGGAGUAGCUGAAACACUGAAGUGUCGCUAUCUGAAUGGGGGCUGUGAGCACUUCUGCAAUGACACAGGGGGACAGGUAACGUGCGCGUGUGCUGAUGGCCACGCCGUGGCGGAGGACGGGCGGAGCUGCGUCGCUGAAGUGCAGUAUCCCUGUGGUAAGGUUCCACUCUUGGAGGCCUCAAAACUGCAGGCCAACAAGACAACGAGAGAAUCAGAGUAUGGCCAGUACUGCCCCAAAGGCCACUGCCCCUGGCAGGUUUUGUUGCAGCACAAAGGCUCUAGCUACUGUGGGGGGGUCAUCGUUCAUCCCAGCUGGGUGGUCACCACUGCCCACUGUCUGAUCAACCUGAAUGUGGAGGACCUGAUGGUGGUCGCAGGGGAGCACGACCUGAGGCUGGUGGAGGGCACGGAGCAGAAGAUCCGCGUGGCCGAAGCUGUCCUCCACGAGCUGUACAAUGUCACAACUAGCGAUAGCAACAUUGCCCUGUUGAGGCUUCACCAGCCCAUCGUAUUCUCCAACUACGCCGCGCCCGUGUGCCUCCCGCGGAAGGAGUUUGCCGAGAACGAGCUGGUGGCCAUGCGCUACUCCAUCGUCAGCGGCUGGGGCUGCCGGAUCAAGGCUGGGUACCUCCAGGGAGACGCAGUGUCCCUGUACCCGCCCACCUCACGCCUCUUAUGGCGGAUGGCCGUUCCACCCCUGUCCCCCGAGCAAUGUGCACUGAAGAGCGGCAUGAACCUCACCAGCAACAUGUUCUGCGCCGGCUACCUCGAAGGGACCACCCUGAGCAGCUGCAAGGAGGACAACGGGAGUCCCCUGGUGACACGCUAUGGGGACACAGCCUUCCUGACGGGGCUGGUGGGUUUCAGGGCCUGCACCUACCAGGGAUACUUCAAGAUAUACACCAAGGUCUCCAACUUCUUAGACUGGCUGCACGCGCACAUGAGUUCGGGUAUCGCGCCGACAGACGGGCAUCCUCAUUCUUCCACUAACCAAACGCUGCCCCCUGUGGUCAUAGAGCAACAUUCCCCGUCAGAUCCAUUCUGGCUGUGGCAGCGUGGAAAGUGCAAUAUUCAGCUGGAAAGCACCAUGUUCUGUUUUAUCCAGGCCGGUCUUCUCCUCCUAUCACUGCUGCCCGAGGCUGAAACGGGAGUUUUCCUUCAGAACCAGGAUGCCAACCAGGUGCUGAGCCGGAGGAGGCGGGCAAACAGCUUGUUUGAGGAGUUUAAAAAAGGAGACAUGGAGCGGGAGUGCAUUGAGGAACGUUGUAGCCGCGAGGAGGCCAGGGAGAUAUUUGAGAACGAGGAGCGUACGAAUGAGUUCUGGAACGUCUACGUAGAUGGGGAUUCCUGCAGGUCUGUUCCCUGUAUAAACAAUGGCACCUGCAAGGAUGGGAUCGGGAGUUACACGUGUUACUGCGCCGCCGGCUUCCAGGGCACCAACUGCGAAAUCGCGAUACCAAAGCUAUGCGACUUAAGCAACGGAGACUGCGAGCAUUUCUGUAACGUGGUUCAUAAUCACGUCAUCUGCUCAUGUGCUGAUGGAUACACCCUGGGAGAGGAUAGGAAAUCCUGCCUGUCGAAUGAGCCCUUCAAAUGCGGCUUCAUAGUCAGCAAGCACAACACCCGCAGCAUUAAAGUUUCCAAGCCGUUGUCCAAUGCCACACAACACCAAAACAUCUCUGCAAGCAACACGACCGUGGAAUCAUCCGAAGAUGAUUAUGAAGAUGAGGAACUUAUUAAUGACUUUCGUGUUGUCGGUGGCGAGGAGUGUCCCGCUGGAGAUUGCCCCUGGCAGGCCCUCCUGGUAACCGAGGAUGACCUGGGCUUCUGUGGUGGAACUAUCCUCAAUCAGAAAUUCAUCCUGACGGCAGCUCACUGCCUGAGGGAGACACAGUCAUUCUAUGUUGUCCUGGGCGAAACUAACAGAAAUGUGGACGAGCAUCGCGAAACCCGCCACGAGGUGGAACUGGUGCUGGUGCACAGCCAGUACAUGCCUGACACGUACCACAAUGACAUCGCACUCGUCAAGAUGAAGGAGCCCAUCCGCUUCUCGCCGUACAUCCUGCCGGCCUGCCUGCCAGAGAGCGACUUCGCCGAGCGUGUGCUGAUGCGGCAGCCCGACGGCAUGGUCAGCGGGUUCGGCCGUGUCCGCGAGGGCGGCCCCCAGUCACCCGUGCUGCUCAAGCUCAGCGUGCCCUACGUGGACCGCAAGACCUGCAUCGACUCCAGCAACCUGAAGAUCUCCAACACCAUGUUCUGCGCCGGCUACAGCGACGAGGCCAAGGACGCGUGCCAGGGUGACAGUGGUGGCCCCCACGUCACCCGCUACAAAAACACGUGGUUUCUGACAGGCGUGGUCAGCUGGGGAGAAGGCUGUGCGCGGCGAGGGAAGUACGGUAUCUACACACAAGUGUCCAAGUACAUCAAGUGGAUCCGAGCAGUCCAGAGGAAGUACAUUCAGCUGUGAGGGAUACGCUGUGAAGGAGGAUUCUGCAAAAACGAGUUGUUGUGGAGUAAACUAUGUAUACGGCAAUAAAUAAAACAGAUUUGUGAAUGA